AUGCCCACGAAGCUCCAGCGUCCCAGCAUGGGCGCAGAGCUGUGCUCGGCCUCUCCUUCCCUCAGAGGGAUGGAGAAGCCAAAGGGCCGAGAUGCUCAGCUCUUGGGCAGCCGGGAGCUCAGUGUUUCUCAUAUUUUUUUCCCAGCUAUCCAUUGCAAUCUGAAUCCAAAUGGUAUUGAUCACCCUGUCCCCACAGAAGGUAUUAAUCUGCAGCUUGAAGGCGAAGGAGUUGAUUCACCUGCAGUCAAGAACACUGGUACUCCAAAAGGGCCUGAGUCAAAAGGCACACCCAAGAGACAAGUGGAGCCAGAAAUAACUAAGUCUGGGACUGUGAAGCUGACUAAGCCUGUGGCGUUAUGGACCCAACAGGAUGUCUGCAAAUGGCUGAAGAAACAUUGCCCUAAUCAGUAUCAAAUCUACAGUGAGUCAUUCAAACAACAUGACAUAACUGGCCGUGCUUUGCUGAGACUUACUGACAAAAAGCUUGAACGAAUGGGCAUUGCCCAGGAAAGCCUGCGACAGCACAUUCUGCAGCAAGUCCUUCAGCUGAAGGUGAGAGAAGAAGUCCGAAACCUCCAGCUGCUCACACAAGAACUGGAACUGCAUUUAUCUGUUAAACCUUGAAAGUCAACAGAGGAGCUGCAAGUCUUCCAAGAAGACUGUGUUACAAGUCAGAUUGAUUUGAAGAGGCCAGUCAGAGUGGUACAAAAGAGACACCUCAUCUGGGAGACAAGAAAUUGCCGUCCACAGCUCCUGCUCCUCUGAUGUCCGCGUCUCCCAGCCCCCAGGUGCCAAUCUGUGUGUGCAGUGACACUUUCACGGGUGAGGUGUUGCAUUAUCCCGCUCUCGGAGUGUCUGAGGUCUGUUCCUCUUUUAUGCACUCCUUUGUCUCAUUCAUGUCGCUGCCUUGUCAUUGCUUUCUUGCUUUUCUGCACCUGAUGUGAUUUCUUGCCUUCUACUGUUAUUAGCAUCACAUGGGAAAUACACUGAAUUAUUGCAUGUGAGAAACACUGUCAAAAAGAAGAGUUCUAAUAAAUGGCACUGAGGCAUUGGCCUCAGUGGGAGGAGAUAAAGCAGAGAACAAAUUGCUACAGGUUUUUUAAACACAGAGAUUAACCUCAUCUCCAUGUCAGUGAUGGAACAACAGGCUAAAAUAGCAGCAAGGAUGCACACUGGACACUUUCUAGGAACAAAAAAAACCCAAAACAUCCUUUUUAGGAACAGGGAUGCUGAAGCAGCUGCUUAAAAGAGAUGGAGAAUAGCUUUGAAGAGCACCCCUCAGGAAUUCUGACCCUGUGGUACAACAGGACUGAGUCUACCAAGAUUUCUUUCUUCAUUCAGUUUUCCUGCAGGUAAAAACCUGCUACUGUGUAGCUAUGACUAAUUCCAGACUCAUUUAACUCAAAACCUCCGGCUGUCAGCUGAGAAACUGGGACACAUCCCCUGCUGUGGCCAGUUCAGAUGCAGAGCCAGAGCCUGGAGUGACAGCAGGGACUGGGCCCACCUUCCCAUCCAAAGUCACCGGGUGAGUGAGAGCCCAGUUCCUGUGCUGUACGGGGCAAUCACAGCACUCAGUGAGACCUGAACGCAGAACGCGUGGCACCCUGCAGGACCAGGUCAGCCCAGUUCCUUACAUCCAGGCUUUCAUCUGGUCUUCACUAGGCACCAUCAGAAAAUUAGGGAUAGGUAGAGAAAAGCCUUAAAAUUAGGGGUUAAAACAAAAAAAAAUCAUAUUGUGCCAAAUUAUGAGCUGAAGAAAGUCAACAUUUUAUAGCCAGCUGGCUGAAGCCUCAAGAGCUUCAGCCAUCCAUUACAGAGGGCAGGCUGGGAGUGUGUGUGGCCACCUCCAGCCUCCACCAACAGCUCUAGGCGGAUUAGCAAAACUGCUUUUCCUUCACUGGGGAGUUUUACUGCAGAGAAAUGAAGCACUUCAGGGCACAUCAUAAGUCUCAGCUUGAACACUCUGCUCUGGCGCUUUCCAAGCGAGAUGGGAGAGCCCGGUCAGUGCUGAGCGCUGGAUGCUCAGCCUGAGGGGUGCUUUGACUCUCCUCCAUGCUGUGAAAUGGGACAGAGCAGACUGUGUGGGAGGCAAAUUGUUUUAUGGAAAAUAUUGGAAACCAUUGUACUAAGCUGAUUAACUCAUUUUAACAAUUUUACUUAGCUGCAACAGUUGCCCCAUAUGAAAAGUGCAACGGAAAGGAUUUGCACAACAGAAACACUCCCAUAUGCAGGAAAGCCAGAUAAGCCCCUGCCUGUUGUCAUUACAGCAAGAAAUUUUAGUUCUCUGGGGACAUUGCAGGGUUAUUUCUGCCUCUGUUUAAGUUUUAAUCCAGAGCAUGGAGGGUACUGUUAUGCUGACUGGUUUGUCCGUGUCCCUUAGGUCCCAGACUCAGCCUGCUUUUGGCAGUUCUUGGCAGGUAAAACUUUUGUCAGGAACAUGAGAAAUUGCAGGAUUCAGGGCUCCCACUGUCUAAUUCCACCUGGGGACAACAGCUGCUUGUUUUACCCUGAGGCAGUAUCUCUUCUGCCCUUCUCCACUUCCAUGAGUUGUACAGUAUUACACAGGGGAAAUUAGUCUUUCUUCAUGCUUCCCCUUUCUCCAUGUUAUUAGUCCCAUAACAAGCUGCCUCUUAUUCUCAAAAUACAAACCUUUUGGACAGUGUUCUGCUAAUCCCAUGAGGGACUUGGCAACCAACCGGAAAACCAAGAUUGUCUGGAUUAUUAUCCAAACAUGUCGGACCAAGGACCACCAUCAGCCUUCAGAAUUUCUCUUGGGUCACCAGUCACACACCCCUCCCUGUUAAAUUAAAACCACUCUAAAACCAGUGUGGUUUUAAGCACUAGCAGCAGGGCAUUUAUAUGGGAUUUGCAGACUGAUCUUUCUCCACAGGCCAGUUUGGGACCUCCUGAGAGUAGGAUAUUGUCUCAAAAUAUUCCCUGAAAACCAUGAAGAAGCAUUGGUAACCAAACACAUCAGUAACAGUUCUGUCAUCUCUGCAAGCAUUAGCUGCAAAUCCAUUUUACCCUCAUGAGCUCAUGGCUGGAGCUUUUGCUCCAGUUUCCUGAUCUUCCAAUUAAAGAUUUGAAGCAGCAGCAGACCUCCACCAGAAACAGGAGCUGGGGUGGCCACAUGCUCCCUCACUGCCAGCCAAGGCACAGAGCUGCUGUAGGGAACCAGAAGCUGUGGGCAUGAAUCUCCAUGGAAAUAGGUCCUUGGGAGAUCAGAGCGAUGCUGGGGGUUGCAUUCUGCCAUUCAGUUUGUUCUGAAUGGUAGCACUGUAAAAAUCAAUAUGGCACUUUUAAAAUGGAUUAUGAGGCAGUUAAAUGACAAGUCUCCAAAGAGGAGUUGUAACUGAAGAGUGAUCCCAUGGGAGUUUUUAUAGAGGGAAUAUUCAGGAAGCUGUUCUUGGCUGUUUACCUAAGAGGUCACAACAGAUAAGCAAUUGAAUACGAGUUCCAUGUGUGAUGCUUUUCUUAAAGGGGCUAAUAUGACCCUAGGAUGUAUAAAUGGGAAUACUGAGUGGUAGGGGAAACAUAUUAGCUCUAUACAUGACAUUAAUGAGACAAAAUUAGUCCAGUUCAGCUGUCAACACUCAAAGGUUACAACAGUUGUAACACUGAGGAGGGUUGGGUGAAGAGCUGUAAGGCUGAUUGAAACCGUAUCUUACAAUGAUCCAAAUGACCACAAUCCAUUUAUAUUAUCCAAGAGGAAUGAAGGGUCUUAUCAUAAGGGAUGAAUUGAUCUAUAAGUAUCUAUGCAUGGAGGAGGAAUACAGUACCAGGGACUACUUAACCUAGCAGACAAAGGCAUAUAAACCAGGAAGAGUGGAGAUAAAAAAAAAUCCAGUUGAGAGUGAGGCACAUUUUUCUCCUUAAUGGUCUUGUAAUUAACCACUGGAGGAGCUGACAUGGGAUAUGGUAGGUUCUCCAUCACCCCAAAAGAUACUUAAAUUGAGCAUGGAUGUCUUUGUACAUGAUGUAGCUCAUUUAUCGGUGUGGGAAUUGCUGGGCAAAACUUCAUGGUCUGUAUUAUGCAGGAGAGCAGAGGAAACCACCAUGGUGGUGCCUUCUGGCUGUGAAAUCUAUGAAACUAUCAAAGUGAUGACAUCUGUAUAUCACAUCCCAGCAGCAUCCUGCCUAUUUAUGCAACACAUGCUAUGAAGACUCUUUUAAGAAUAUUUAGAGGGCUUUAAAUAUUUCAUUUGAGGGUUUUUUAAUAUACUCUGCCUGUAAAACCAGGUAGAUGAAAUAAACCUUAAAAAGGAACUUAAAAAAAUAUCCUGAAAUAGAUUUUCUAUACCCCCCAAAUCCCAGUCUUAAAGCAAAUAUCUCAGGAUACUCUGGGUUUUCAAUAUGAUGCUCCAAGGACUCAGGCCUUUACUGUGGUUUAAAGCUUCUAUUUCACAGAUUUAUAGAUGCUAAACUCAGGGGGGACUACUGUGAAUAUCUAAUCCAACCUUAUACAUAACAGAGGCCACAGGGCAUCCUUCAGUUGCUUCCAGACCACACUGAAGCCUUCCAGGUUCUUUCUUCAGACCAUAGCCACAACACAGCCUUCCCCUCCAUCCUCACAGAUAAACUUCAGAUCAUCUCACUGCAGCAUCCUUCCUUCUGCCUCUGACAAAUGAAAUCUUUCCUGGCACAUGUCCAUUCAAAUUGCUGCUGCAAAGAUCAUUUGCCAUUCCUGUGUCUCCUUGCUGGCUCUCCCUUUUGCCUUUUCACCAACACAUUUCCUGUUCCUCCUAGUCGCUAACUCUGCCUCUUCAUCCCAUCUGGUAUCAGCUCACUCCAGCCUCCCAUGGCCUCAUUUGCUAUCUUUUUUUCAUAUCCCUUUUUUUUUCCUGAACAAGCCUCAUGUGGUAUAGCACCAAUUCAUGUGGAAGGACCCUAAGUCACAUCAGUGCUGCUAAAUGAAAAAGUUCUCAGAGCAUUUACAUGCAUCAGGGAGACAAGGAGUGGGGGUUGUGGUUAGUUCACUACUCAUUGUCUCUGCCACUCCUUCCUCUUCAGGGGGACAGAUCACGCUCCUCCUUCCCCUUCUACAGUGUGGGAUAGUUCCCAUGGGAGACAGUUCUCCACAAACCUCUCCAGCAUUAGUCCUUCCCAUGGGCUUCAGUUUUGCACAAACUGCUCCAGCAUGAGUCCCUUCCAUGGGGUGCAGUAUUUUAGGACCAAACUGCUCCAAUGUGGGUCCCUCACAGGGUCACAAGUUGUUGCCCUGAAAACUCAGUUUUUCAAUCUUCUUGACAUAGUUUCUAAAGACUUUCCCAGGAC